CGUGGAACGCUGGAUCACCCGUGGCGUGUCACGGCUCUUCGAACGUCAGCGUCGUCGAAGAAGGAUGCUCAUCGCGAGUUCGGGUUCGGGUACCAGCCGAGGUGAGCGGUCAAGGUACCGUCGCUGUGGGAUCCCCUGCUUCCAGGAACACACUAGCGAGAAGCUCGCCGAUGACGUUCAAGAAAAGGAAGCGUCCGCCGGCAUUGAGCAUCUCGAACGAUAUGCGCACGCAUGUUAGUGGAAUGCAGAUGAAGCUCGCGACCGAACGCGAGCUGGAGGACGCAAGCUUGGCCGAGGAGGUCACAGUUGUCGAGGGCCGCACGUUUGCCCUCAGCUCCAAGCGAGGAAAUCGGCGCUUCUCUUGCGAGGAUGCGUAUCAAGCUGCACCAGGCCUCGACGGAGAUCCGACUCGGGGGAUAUUCUCUGUUUUCGAUGGACACGGGGGGCGGGAGGCUGCGGACUAUGCCGCAGAUAAUCUGCACGACAACAUCCUCAGGGAGGUCAAUGACGUCGGGUCACACUUGGACCCUGACGAGUUUAUGAAACAGGUCAAGGCGGCGAUGAUCAAGGGGUUCUUAGCUACCGAUCAAGAGUUUUUAUCAUUUGGAGAUUUACGAGGAGGGGCAACUGCCACGACAGCAUACCUUUGCAAAGGCAGAAUUUGGGUAGCCAAUGUUGGCGACUGCCGAGCGGUGAUUUGCCAGGGUGGACAGGCUGUGGCGUUGACCCACGACCAUAGGCCAGAUUGCGCAGUAGAACGAGAAGCAGUCGAGCGUCGGGGUGGUGAGAUUGUUCGUGAGCGCGUGCAAGGGAUAUUGGGAGUCAGUCGCGCUCUCGGUGAUCGAGAACUGAAGAGUUACAUCACCGCGGAGCCGAGCGUAUUCUGUGGCACCAUCUCCGAGAGCUCGGAGUUCCUCAUUCUAGGCACUGAUGGACUUUGGGAUCACGUGGAUAACCAAGAGGCGGUCGAGUUCGUGCGUCUGACGUUAAGUCAAAAGAAAGGCAUACAUGCGGCCUGUCGUGGACUGGUUGAGCUCGCGCGUGCGAACAGAAGCCGGGAUGACAUCAGCGUCCUGGUCGUCGAGCUUUGUUCGUACCAGGCAUCCGGAUUGAUUUAGUAGCUAGCUAGCAAGUCAAAAGUGCCUGUGUUCCUU